UGUAUUGCAGUUGUUUACCAGAAUUGUGCAAUGCGUUUUGAGAAUUGAUUACAAAAUAUAAUUAAUCUACAAUGAGUGACAACAAACCAGAAGCGAAGCCUGGAGAAGGAAUACGCUCCAUGCGCAGCACAACUGCUUUCAGACUCAUCAACUUUGAACUGUAUGCGAAACCGAAUAAAAUCAUAAUGGGCCUGGGACUGGCGGCAGUUGCUGGAGUUUUUGGUUACAUUGCGUAUAUGCGCCAUAAAUACCAGGCUCUUGGCUAUUAUGUGGCUGUCAAGGAAGAUGGCCGCGAGGAGUUCGUCAAAAAGAAGUCCAAUUGGGAAACAUGAAUGUGAAUGUUUUUGCAUCUGGAAACUAUUUAUUUACUGUUUUGCACAAUUUGGUACAUAUACAUGAGUUUGUUGUUGCUGUUGUUGCUAUUAUUGUUAUUGCCAAAAAAUAUAUAUUUUUUCAAAAAAUCACAAUGGUAGAAAAA